CAUUAACAAAUCUGAUCUAAGUUCUCCCCUUCGGUGUCGGCUUCUUCCAAUCGCGAACCAGAAAUGGCAAUCUCUUCUCAAGCUCCUGAUAUUCAAGGAGAGCGUCAAUCUGGCCAGGACGUUCGCACACAGAACGUGAUGGCAUGCCAAGCAGUUGCCAACAUCGUCAAAUCCUCACUAGGCCGCGUUGGACUUGACAACAUGCUUGUUGAUGAUAUUAGUGAUGUAACAAUUACUAAUGAUGGUGCUACAAUUCUCAAGAUGUUAGAAGUGGAGCAUCAAAGCUGCCAAGGUGAAUUAGUAGUCAGAUUUUUCUUUUCAUUUUAGCUACCUUUGCCUCUGUUUGAUUCAUAAUAAAUGGUUCACUGUAAC